AUGAAAUUAAAUGAGUAUUUUUAAGCAAAUAUGGAUCACUAUAAUCCAUAAUUAUAUAAUGAUAGAAAUAAAAAACGAGCAUCAAUUGGUAAUAAUAUGCAGUUUAUGAGAAUGAAUGCAUCAAGAAUUAUUUCAAAAUCUGUUGAAGCUCCUAUUUAACCAUUAACAACACGACCAACCUUAGAUUUUGUUAAGAAUUCAAUCAAUCUUCCAUAAAUUUAACAAUUAGUUGUUGAGAAUCAAGUUUUACAAGCAAAAUUAAAAGAAGAAUAAAAUAAAACUUAACUUGCAACCAAUAGAUAUCUACAUUUGUAAAUGAUGUUCAAGAAAAUCGAAUAUGAACAAAUUAUUAAGUAAGAGUAAAAGAAACCAUAAUUACCUAUUAUUGAUACAUCAAUGGAUUUUAAUACUAUAAAGGUAAACAGAUUAUUAAAUGAAGAACAAUUAUCUGAAAGUAGAUUGGAAUCAAGAGGGUAUAUUCGAAAUAGGAUUAAAGUUUUACGAGAUUAAGCAUUAGAAGAAACUCCAACUGUUUAUAAAGUUAAAUAUUAUGAUAAUAAGAAAGUCUUGACUCCUUAAGAAGUAGCUUAAGAAGUAUAAAAAAUGAAAGAAAAAUAAAGAAUCGAAUAGUAGAAGAAAAUUAGAUUAGAAAAUUUAUGGUAGAAAUUCUUGAGAUGUUAUCUUGUCAUUAUAAUUGUCAUCAGAUGGUCAGAAAAUAUUAGGUAUUUUACAUUUAUAAAAUAAGAAAGAAAAGAAAAGAAAAAGAGAAACAAUAAUAAGAAUAAAAUUAAAAGGCUAAACUUUUGUUCAAAGAAAUUAAGAAAUUUAAUUAAGCAUAAUCGCAAGAUAUUAUCAGAAAUUGGGUUAGUACAAUUACUCUAAAAAUCUAUCAAGGGAUGAUUGGUGAAGAUAUGAAAAAAGUUUUUUCUUAAAAUUUUAAUCCUAAUCAAAUAGAAUCUUAAGAAAGGAGAAAAAAAUGGUUAAUUUAUUUUAUGAUAUAAUUUUUCAAAAAUGUUGAAUAACAUACAAGACACGAAAAUAUGCCAGAAUUUUUGUGUUUCAUGAUGACACUUUAAUUGUACCACUAUUAAAAUAAGACGGCUUCAUUAUUUGUAGUUAGAAGAACAACUUAUUUAAAUUCAAAUAUUUUUUAAUUAUCUUAGAGAGAAAUUCAAUUGAUUACAAGUGAGUAUAUUUUAUUCUCUAUAUUAAUUCCAGAAAUUAUUAAUUAGGAUUCAAAAUAAAGGUAUUUUAAUGAAUAACAUAAAAUUUAAUGUAGAUAAAUAAUUAAACUUAUUUUCAGUAUAUUACAAAUACUAUUUAUGAGUUUAUUUUUUUAAAUGCCUUAAAUGAAAUCAACAAAUAAGAUAAAAGUUAUUUAAAAAAAGAUCAUAACAGAUUAAAACACUUUAGAAAUGAAAUUUGAUUAAGAUGAUUAGAUUGAUUAAAGUUAAGCAAUAAUACUAGGGUUAGAAAAAAAGCAAAAAUUUGAAAAACUAUAAUAAUAAAAUGCUGAAGUUUUGGAUGAUUUGAAACGAUUUUUAGAUAUUAUAAUAGAUAAUAUAACAGGGAAUGCAUAUAUUUGA